GGACUGGAGGCACCACAUCGCCUCACCUCACAGCUGGAUCACAGACCUGGAAGGAAACUUCUAAACACAGAAUAAAAUGUCCCUCUCAUCUGUCCUCUCUGCUGAUGCCAUCGACAGCGCUAUCAAGGACUGCCAAGCUCCAGAUUCCUUCUCUGCAAAGAAGUUUUUCCAGCUGUGUGGCCUCUCCAAGAAAAGCCCUCAGGAUGUGAAGAAGGUUUUUGGGAUCCUGGACAACGAUGCCAGCGGAUUUAUUGAAGAAGAAGAGCUGAGGUUUUUCCUGCAGAGGUUCUGUCCUGGGGCUCGGGUCCUGACAGACAAGGAGACCAAAGCCUUCUUGUGUGCUGCUGACGAUGACAGCGAUGGUAAAAUCGGAGCAGAAGAAUUUCAAGCCUUGGUCUUGUCCUAAGCAGCUGGGACUAUCUCCAGCUUGAUCUGACCAGUCCCCACACCAAUUCUCUGACCUCUUCAAGGGCUCCAAGUUUAAACUCACUCCAUCCAGUCAGCAAAAACACAUUUAAACUGUUCUUACUUUGCUAAACUCAUUUCAGUCCUGUGAAAUCUCCAUGGUUGGCAUGUUUUUUUCAGUCGUUUUAUUUCGGAUCAGUCGUAAAAAUGUGUAGCCCAAAGAAACGUAACUAAAUUAUUGAGAAAAUAAAAGCAUAGA